GUUCUCCGUCCCGUUCAUUUCAUUCCGUUCCUUAAAUCUUAGCUGAUUACUGUGUGAUUCAUGAUUUUUUCAGAAUUAUUUUAAUUUCUUAAAUUCCGUGAAGGAAUAAUGGCUUAAUAUAAUUAAUAAAAGUAAUGAUUUGUAUUGUCAAACCACGAUAGUGUUAUUUUUGAAAAGCCGCAGAAAAUUCAGGAUGGAGAAUAAUUUAAGCCGAAGUGGCAGCCGAUCGAGCUCAGUAUGUGAGCUCGAAAAAGAUUUCAAUGAUAUGGAAAUCAUGAAAAGUAGGACGAACAGACGUAACGUAAUGGUACGAACACCAGCGCGGAAAGCGAAACGAGUUAGGUUUUUUCGAAAUGGUGAUAAAUUUUAUUCAGGGGUCAUAAUUCCAGUCUUACCAGAACGAUACAGAUCAUUUGAUAGUUUAACAGCAGAUUUGACGAGGGUAUUAGUUGACAAUGUAACUUUACCUAGUGGAGUGCGGACAAUUUACUCACUGGAGGGUAGAAAAAUAGGCAAAUUAGAUGAUCUUGAAGACGGACAGUCAUAUGUUUGCAGUGGCUUUGGUGAGCCAUUUAAAAAAUUAGAUUAUGAAGCCAGUGCAGUCACGCCCCAAUCAUUUAGACUUAGUGGACCAGAAUCACUGAGUGAUAGUGCCAGCCCUUCUCCAGCACGAGCUAACAACAGAUUGUCCCGAUAUUUGCAGGCAAAUGGUAGUAGUACUACUGGCAACGGGACAGCGAGAGUUAGCCCUGCAGGCGACAGUGCAGUCAGGCCACGAAUAGUUACUAUUAUAAGGAAUGGAGUUAAACCUCGCAAGGUAUGUAGGCUAUUGCUGAAUAAACGCAACAGUCCUACCCUGGAGCACGCUCUGGUGGCCAUCACAGACUGCAUCAAACUUGACACUGGGUGUGUUCGGAAAGUAUUCACUCAAACAGGCACCCCAGUCACAGCUCUACAUCAAUUCUUUGAUGACGAAGAUGUGUUCUUUGCUUAUGGAAACGAAAGGGUCAAUCAGGAAGAUUUUGAGUUGGAAUUUGAAGAAAGCAAAGCAGUUUUACAAUGUAGAAAAACUCCAAUCACGAGAAAUUCAAGGACUGGCCCCAAGCCCCGCAUGCCAGUGAAAGCGGGCGGUGCGGCGCGGACGGUAAGCGAGGCGGGCACCGGCGCCGCUGGCGACUCCGGCGACCCCGACGCGGCGCCGCUGCUACCCCAGCCGCUGCGGCUCAAGUACAGCGUCGGAAAAAUCAUUGGUGACGGCAAUUUCGCUGUUGUCCGGAUAUGCAAAGACAAAUCUACGGGCAAAGAAUAUGCGCUUAAAGUUAUUGAUAAGGCGAAAUGUAAAGGCAAAGAACACUACGUCGAAGCAGAGGUCCGAGUGAUGAGAAAGCUGUGUCAUCCGCGCAUCGUAUCAUUAAUCGAAGAACAGGACAGUCCCGAGUGGCUGUUCCUCAUCAUGGAGUUGGUUAGCGGUGGCGACUUAUUCGAUAGCAUUGCGGCUGCUUGCAAAUUCUCUGAGCCACAAGCGCGUUUGCUAAUUGGCCACCUAACAUCAGCUAUCGCAUACCUACACUCGCUUUCUAUAGUGCAUCGUGACAUCAAACCUGAAAACUUAUUGGUAGAAAAUCAUCUCGUCGGCGUAGUGAUUAGUGCACUCGAUCUGCAAUGAUAGAAGUUGAGCAACUGAUUGGUUCCGGAUGAAUCUGCAGUUGUUGGCACCCACCAAUCCUUACUAGGUGGGCCAUCCAACGAUAUUAAAUACCCUGACAUCGCCCUGACUUCCUACACCAUCCAGUUGCGACACAGUUUUUAGUCUUUCCUCAAAGGCCAAGAAUGUUUAGGUUAUCUAUGAGGAUAGUGGGUGCCGUCCUGGCUAUUUUGUAAUAGUGGUGUCAUAAGAGCAUUAUCUGUAGGUGGAAGUGGGUCCGGACGGCAGCAUCCGCGGCCUGAAGCUGGCUGACUUCGGGCUGGCCGUGGAGGUGUGGAGGCCGCUGCACGCCGUCUGCGGUACCCCUACUUACGUGGCGCCCGAGAUACUGCUCGAGACUGGCUACGGCCUGAAGAUUGACGUGUGGGCUGCGGGCGUGAUCCUAUACAUCCUGCUCUGCGGGUUCCCGCCGUUUUCUUCCCCGGACGGCGAUCAAGAGAAGCUUUUUGACGCAAUCCUGUCCGCCCGCCUGGAGUUCCCCGCGCCGCACUGGGAACGGGUGUCUGCGGGGGCCAUUGACCUCGUCGCCAACAUGUUGCGUCCACAGCCCGAGCUGCGUUUCGCCGCCGAAGAUGUGUUAGAUCACGCUUGGAUGGCGGAUGACUACGACGAAAGCUGCGACUUCCGUUCAUGGUACGACGAGGACUCGUCAUAGCUGAGCGAGGUGCGCAGCGAGACUGCGUCCGCGCCCACCUGACGACGCGCCGCCGCCAGCGGCCGAGCCGCCACUCGCCACUGAUACCCAUAUGAACUAUUAUUGCUUACGCGAUACGGUCCAAUUUCGCUAAGCAACGCUUUAUGUACCCACGGUUCACUCACUGUGUGGCGUUCGUAUCUAGUGAACAGUGACAGUAAGUCGUUCUCAUAUGACACUAGAUUAGUGGUGUAGAUGUAGUCUUACUAGAACAAAUAAUUAAUUUUGAACUGCUUAUCGAAUGUAUUUUAUUUGUUGACAGAUAUCUUAAGUUCUUCCACAUGAGUUCGAAGCUGAUAUAAAAAAAGCAAUUUGAUUGCAUUUAACAUUUAAUGAUAUAUCCAAGACCACUAUACAAACUAUGUCUAUGUUAUAUUUUGAUUAGGACUUACUGUGCUUGUUUUGCUAAUAUUGUAAUUCAGUGCUGUUUUGAUCAUAGCCAACACAAUGCCUUUCGAUAGAACACCAAUACCAAAGUUUAUGUAACAUAAUAUUAAGGACAGUGGUACUGAAAUUGUGUAUGAAAUUUACUAUUUAAUGAUUCAUAUACAUUUUCAGUACAGUUGUUCAAAUUUGAAAAUUUUGAGCAAAUAACUUCUCUUGUUUAUAAUUGAAGACGUCGUUAUUUGUCUAUGCCUUGCUUCGUUAGGUUAAAAUAACACUAAAAUGCCUAAAUAGAAUAUGGUUGCACAACUGCAUAAGUAUAUUUUCGUGCUUACUUCCUAAUCAGUUGUCAAUCAAUAAGUACAAUUUAAAUUACACCAUAAACUCUUGUAUAAUUUUGGAAGAUCUCUAAUACAUUUCUCUUUUGUUAGCGAUUUAGAUUGAAAUCUUAAGUUUAAAAGAUAUUGUAAUAUUUAUUAACAAAUGUUUCUGUAAUAUAUGAGUAAUAUAUCUUAUUUAAUUAUUUUAAUGAAUUCAUAUUUACAUUUGUAGAAAGAGUGAAACUUAUUAUAGUUUUGUAAUAUAUGAAUAAAUUGCUUUUAAAGCUAUGCAUGUAUUCACUGCUAUUGCUUCUUAUUUAACCCAUAUCAAUAAUUUCCUAUCAUAUCACAUAUUGACAUAAUUUAUUCAAAAACUGCUUCAUAUUAUAAAUUAAAAAUUUAUUCCAAAUAUUUUAAUUCUAGUUUGUUGGUGCUUGAUAUUAAUCCACAAUCUAAAAAGAUGUUAUUUUACAAAAAGGACUUCAUUCAUCAUGUUGAAACAUAAUCCAAUUUAAUUUAGUUAAGAGGUGAGAAUUGAUAUCUUUAGGUCCAUGCACUGAACUAUCCAAGUGCCAAAAUUAUCUCACAUGUUAUCAUUCAAUACAUAUACUUACUUACUGAUUAUAAAAACUGAUGUUCCUCUCAAAUAAUUAUUUUUCAGCUGACUAGUGAUAACGUUGACUCAUGUAACUUAAGUAUUUAUCUACCAGAUGAUUUUAUCAUAUGUGCUCAAUCCAUGGGUUAAAAAAGCAUAAUUGAAUGCAUUCAAUCCAGUAGAAAGUUAAAACACUUUUUAUUAUAUAAUCAUUUAAUCUCCUGUGUAAGUAAUGAGCUCAUAUGAUGAAACACUUAAAACACUGUCAAAUGCUGUUAUUUAGACUGAUUUACAUUCCUCUUAGAUGGCUUAUUUUAACUAAUUAAUGUUAUCCAGUGACAGUUGAAAUUGUGAGUAGAUAUUAUAUAAUGGGAAAAAGAACUGAUAACUCGAAUAAUUACAUUGUUUAUGCAAUAUAUUAAGCAGCAACAACAUAUUUAGUAAUUUUUACUUUUAUAGCUGCUGUUUGGAGGUGAACUUUUGAAAAAAAUUGUAGUAGGAAAAACUAUAUUUGCAAUUACAACGAAAGUCAAUGUGUAAAUGGUUCAAUCAAUGGGGUUCAUAUUUUUCAUAUUAAAGAAAUCAAAUUAUAAGAUAGUAACUAAAUUUUUAUAGUAGAUGCAAUACAUAACAUAAUGUCAAAAAUAUGUAAAUCACCAUGAUCAUAAAGUUUUAUAAUGCAUUUAGAUAUGGUAUGUGCAUUUGAAUAAUUAAAGCAUAAAAUAAAUUUAUAAAAAACAAUGUGUGUUUGAUUAUGAAAUGAAACAGCAAUCAUUAGUUUCAAAUUAAUUUACUUCAAUACAUAGCCCGUUAAUAGAAAUCCACUAGCCCCAUUCAUCAUUACUUCUGGAUGAGUUCUAUCAGGCAAUACCUGAUAAUUUCUCAUCCAAUUACAUGUCAGUUUCAAAGCUGCCACAUUACUUUGUGAUUUUAAUAGCAUGUACAAUUGCUGUAGGGGUUCAGCCACACUAUAAUAAAUAACAAAAGGCCUUCCUGGUUUCACAAACUCUACCAACUCAUUAAAUAUAUUUUUUGGAUCUUCUUUACAAGCUAUAACCAAAGAAUCCAUUUUCUCUUUCAAGACUAAGGAAGCAGCUAUAUUAUCAAAAUGCCAUUUUGGUUUUUUAGGCUCAAGCUUACUAUCACAAUUAAUAUUGUUAGUAUCAAGAGUUUGGUUUUGUAUAUUUGAAUUUAUACUAUCAGCGUCUUCAGUUUUAGUCAGUUUACUCUUACUUUCUAAAGUGUCUUCAGCUUUUCUUUUCAGUGUGAUUGAAUCACUACUUGAAUGUUCAUUGGUGUCACAUCCUUGGUAAUACUGUCUUAGGGCUGAAUAAACAUUGACAGAUAUACAUCUGUUCAAAUGCUCUUCCUUAAAAUUCAUUGCCAAUAAAGCUUGUUUUUGUGACAUGUUACCAGGAUGCAUGUGUACCAGCUUUCCUCCGGUCUGUCGACCAAUAGCACUUAACAAUGCUGCAGCUAAAAGCCCAUUUGAUCCAGAAUCAUACAAAAGAUGAUUCCCUUCUGACUGUACAUUUGCCAUAGUGAUUAUUUGGGAUAGUGUAUCUGUUCUUAGACCUUGUAUUUUUCCUGGUUCCAACUUAUACAUAACUUCCGUAACUAUCCUCAAGUUAGGACGAAUAAUCUGUAUAUACUCAAAGUAUUUCUUUUCUUUUUUGCGAAGAUACUUUUCUUGUGAAAAUUCCGUUUUACUGUGAAAUGUGUUAGAGUUUAUAAUCAAAGUUUCAACAAUAUCAGAUGCUUUACUAGAAUCCACUUUAAGUUCCUCUAUUUCUGCAGCUGAUAGCUUUUGAGACCGACCAUCAUCAAAUAUGUUCCUAUUAUCAUUGCCUGAUGUCUUAACAUCUAUUUCAUCUUUGAUGUUGAUAACUUCUUGAGUUAAUUCUAAGGAAUACUCCCUGUUUUUCUUUCCACUGCUAGAUAUCAUCUUGAAUACUGAAAAAUAAGGGCAUCCUUCUAUUCCGUCUAGGUUUAUUGUGUCACGUCCUACAGCAACAAUUAGGUUAGGCUUAUUGAAUUUCAGCAACUUCUUGUACUUUUGUUUAUGUAUGAUUAAAUAGUCCCCAACACAUAUUUCAUUUGAAGCCAUACCUACUUCAGGAUUAAAUGGACUUUAUAAAAUAAAACUGCUUCAAUGGAAUGCAAUGCAAAAUCACAAUUUCAUUGUCAUGCCGGCACUUGUGGAAACUGGAGUUUGCUAUUUGUAAAAUUGACAUCAGUCAGUCUAUCUAUCUUCUUCAUUCCAUUUAGAGCAUGAUAGGGACCGAUUACCAGUGUUC